AUGAGGAGACAGGCGGGACACGACUUGGACACGUUUGCAUCGCAUCUGAUGGGUUCUGGGUUUACGACGAAGUUGAUGGAGACCGGAGCUAUGAGUUUCUGGGCGAAGGAGUUGCGAUGCGAAUCUAGCGAAACACCUUUCCAUCAUCUGUACGAAGGGACUGAGAUGCUCGGAGUGCAGCCUUACGACGGGUUUCUGGACAUGAUGAUCGAAGGAACGGUGCUUUAA